UGACGAACUAUAGCUGCACACUUUGAAUUGGGUUGGUACCAAUUUCUGCUCUGGAAUUAUUGCUCUUAUUUGGCUCCUUUCCAAUACCUCACCUGCGCCAUACGUCGACGAGAUACGUUUCCAUAACAUGUCGGGGGAGAAACGCCCGGCCCAGGCAGCUUUUGGCUCUUCUAGCCAGCUUGUCGUCAAGCGAAAGAAGUCGGACUCGGAGCUUGAUCUAGGAACAGCAGUGGUCAAGGGAUCGUCGCAAAAUGGAGCGUUGGUACAAGCGGUUCCCCGCAGUAGUGGGCUCGAAGCCCCGAUCAUGGAGCUUUCUGGUCAUUCGGGCGAAGUAUUUGCAGUUCGGUUUGAUCCUACCGCACAGCAUAUUGCGUCUGGAUCGAUGGAUCGGUCUAUUUUGCUCUGGAAUACCUACGGCCAAUGCGAAAAUUAUGGCGCCCUGACAGGCCAUCGAGGAGCCGUGUUAGAUCUUCAAUGGUCUCGGGAUUCGAAAGUACUCUAUUCCGCCUCGGCAGACAUGACCCUCGGCAGCUGGGAUCUGGAGACAGGCCAGAGAAUUCGCCGGCAUGUGGGCCACGAAGAGAUCAUCAAUUGCCUUGAUAUCAGCCGGCGUGGGCAAGAGCUUCUAGUCAGUGCAAGCGAUGACGGGUGUGUUGGAAUAUGGGACCCCCGGCAGAAGGAGGCUAUCGACUACUUGGAAACAGAACUGCCGAUUACUGCGGUCGCGAUCUCUGAAGCAGGAAGCGAGAUCUUCAGCGGUGGCAUCGAUAAUACAAUUCACGCGUGGGACUUGCGGAAAAAGGCAGUGGCUUACUCUAUGGCUGGUCAUAGCGAUACUAUCACAUCACUUCAGAUUUCUCCCGAUUCUCAGUCUCUCCUGUCGAACUCCCACGAUUCGACGGUGCGUACCUGGGAUAUCCGGCCGUUCGCACCCAGCAAUCGACAAAUCAAUACCUACGACGGUGCUCCCACGGGGCUGGAGAAGAAUCUUAUCCGGGCAAGCUGGGACCCGAAAGGCGACAAGAUUGCUGCAGGAAGCGGCGAUCGUAGUGUCGUGGUAUGGGACUUCAAGACCGGAAAGCUCCUCUACAAGCUCCCCGGCCACAAGGGCACGGUCAACGAUGUACGGUUUUCACCGAAUGAUGAGCCCAUCAUCGUAUCUUGUUCUUCGGACAGGAACCUUAUGCUUGGAGAACUGGGCAAGUGAAGUUGUACUAUUUAGUUAUGAAUCCACCACUUGUACAAAUAUUCUCUGCAAGAGGCACCAUUUUUAUAACUAACCAGAGCCAACUCAGGUUGUUUAAAUAAUUAUAAUUCCAAAUCACUGCAUCUUCAGCUGAUGCGCGAGGUAUUACAAGAGGUAUAAGAGAUACUGCUCAGAAUGAUACCCAUAUAAUCUAUUAUUUUUGUCAAGCUCUUUAUUUGCUCUAACAGGCGGGCUCUAGUUAAAUAUAGAUUUUGUAUUUGUAUGAGAGU